UCCCCCCUUUCGUUUUGUUCAUUAUAAACUUAACCUAUGCGUUUCGACUGUGUUCAUAACUUUAACUGAAUUAAAAAUGAAUAUUAUGAAAUCUCAAGUAAGAACACCUAAACCUACUCUACUUACUAAUGAUUUCGAAAUUACCAGCACUGUGUUAGGGCUUGGUAUCAACGGAAAAGUUGUAGAAUGUUUCUCGAAGAGCAAGAAAGAAAAAUUUGCUCUAAAGGUGCUGCACGAUUCUUUGAAAGCAAGGCGAGAAGUGGACCUACACUGGCGAGCAAGCGGUUGUCGACACAUAGUUAAUAUAAUUGAUGUUUACGAAAACACAUACAAUGGCAACACAUGUUUACUUGUUGUUAUGGAGUGUAUGGAAGGCGGAGAACUGUUUCAGAGAAUUCAAGGUCGUCAAGAUGGUGCUUUUACCGAAAGAGAGGCCGCUCAGAUUAUGCACGAGAUUUGUAUUGCCGUAAAGUAUUUGCACGAUAAUAACAUAGCGCAUAGAGAUUUAAAACCUGAAAAUUUACUGUACACGAAGGAAGGUCCGUUGGGAAUUCUAAAAUUAACCGAUUUUGGGUUUGCCAAGGAGACAUUGACUAAGGAUACGUUACAAACUCCAUGUUACACCCCAUACUACGUCGCUCCUGAAGUGCUCGGUCCAGAGAAGUACGAUAAAAGUUGUGAUAUAUGGUCUUUAGGCGUAAUUAUGUACAUUUUAUUGUGUGGCUUCCCACCAUUUUAUAGUAAUCACGGUUUGGCCAUAUCCCCCGGCAUGAAAAAACGCAUUCGAAUGGGUCAAUUCAACUUCCCAAAUCCGGAAUGGCAGAACGUUAGUAAAGAUGCGAAGGAACUUAUAAGCGGUAUGCUUAACGUCGACCCGGCCGAACGACUUACAAUAGACGAAGUUAUGCGAAAUCGUUGGAUUGCCCAAUACACGGCGGUACCUCAAACACCUCUGCAUACAAAUAGAAUGUUGAAGGAAGGAGAGGAGAUAUGGCCAGAAGUUCAAGAAGAAAUGACGCGUUCCUUGGCGACCAUGAGGGUAGAUUACGAUCAAGUUCAUAUUAAAGCCCUUGAAAAUUCGAACAAUCCUUUACUUAACAAGAGACGUCGACGAGCCGUACCUAUCCGUGAUAAUAAAAAUUAAUGUUUUAUCUAAAUAAUUUAUAAUUUUAUGUAUGACUUAAUAUUGUGUUGGACUGUAAGGUGCCUUUUUAUCUUACUUAAAAAACAUUAUUAGUUUUUUUUACAUCCGUUGGAAUGUCCAUACUGAUAGUUUUAAGAGAGCAGUAGUUUUUGUAAUAAUAUAAUUUGAUCACAUUGAUUAUAGUCUUAGCUAAAUAAAACUGAUAUUAAUAUA